AACUACACUUCAAUAAGAAAAAGAGCUACCAUGGAAUCAGAAGGACCUUAGAGGUCACUGGUCCAACCCCGAGCAGGGCAGAAGCCCCACUAUAGCAUCCUGUAGUCACCCUGACUCCAAGGAGAGAGCUCACCACCUAACGAGGCAGCCUGUCCCAUCCUCUCGUUACUGAGCAGCUCCUGCUGGUGGAAGGCUCACCCUCGCACCCUUGGCUAGAAUCUGCCUGCCGGCCUGCAGUAACCACUUGCUUCCUGGUUCUGGCCCCCGAGGCUCUAAGGAAUCAGCCUAAUCCCUCUUCCACGUGGCAGUCCAGCAUAUAUUUAGGGACAAUUGGAGUGGAGGAAUGCAGGACCUGGGGCCAGAGGCAGGCCUGGUUGAAAUCCUGACUCCACUGCUAAUCUGUGUGAUCUUCAGCAAGUUAGUUAACCUCUCUGAUUCAGUUUUUUUUAAUCUGUAAAGCUGGGACACCAAUGUCUGCCUCACAGAGCGGUCCUGGGAAUGAAAAUAAAUCACAAAUAGAAGUUGCUUGGUGGUAUUCCGUCACCAAUUCUCUGAACGUCCUACAAUUCAACCCAGUUCUGACACUACCCUGAGUUAAAAGGGCACGUAAGAAAAGGCAAAGUCAUGAACAAGGCUCUGCCCUCUUCAGAGGCCAGCUACAGGUGUGAACCCCAGGCCAUCUGCACUUCCGACCAACUUGACUGUAAAUUUGGGGGUUCCCACAACCUCCCUUUCAGUUUCUAUAAUUCCCUAGAAUAACUCGCCGAACUCACCGAAAGCGCUAUAACUGCAAUUGCAGUUUUAUUAUAAAAGAUCCAACUCAGGAAUAGCCAGACAAAAGCAGGGUAGGGUCUGGGGGUUGAGGGCGUGGUGCAGAGCUUCCACGCCCCCAUCCAGCCCAGCAAUGUGCUCACCAACCAGGAAGCUCCGCCUGGCCUUACUCUCCAGGGUUCUUUAAAGGCGGUGUGCGUUAUUACCAGGCACAACUGAUUCAAUCAUUUGCCACUUGAUUGAAUGCAGUCCCCAGCCCCUCUCCCCUCCUCCCUCUGUGGUUGGGAUGAGGGUGAAGUUCCAACCCUCUAAUCAUGUACUUGGUCUUUCUCAGUGGCCAGUCCCUCCCUUGAAAUAUCUAAGUGCCCACCAUAAGUCACCACAUUUGCAUAAAAACUCAGACUUGGUGAAAGGGGCUCACGAUGACUAAGAAAAGACACUCCUAAUGUCUUUUGGACGUUUUAGAAAUCCCAUGUGUUUUUGAAGCUCUGUGCCAGGAACUGGGGCCAGAGGCCCCUUCUAUUCUUUAUGACGCCACACCUGGCCUCACAAGCGCCGGUAUCCUGUGAUCUUUAGCACCCUGCUUACCCCUUUUCCUUUGUGAUCUCCCAGUUGACACGUUCCCGCUAUCUGGUCAGAGAACGAGGCAUUCUCGUCAGUCUCUUUCUGGAUUUUCUUUUUGUUAAUAUAGUUCAAGAUUGAAUUAGUUUGGGGACUAAAACAUAUAAUUACAGUUAUUUGGUGUGUACCUGUUUACAAUUGAAUCGUAAGCCUCUCAUUACUCGAGUUCCUCAUGCUACGAUGAUUCUAGCCCCUAAAUGACACAUAAUAAGAGCAAAUGCUAAUAGCACUUGCUAUGCACCAGGAGCUUUUCGAACUACUUCACAUACAUUAACUCACCCAAUCCUCACAACAACCUAAAGAGAAGUUAAAUAGUUGCAAUCCCUGUUUAAUAUAUGGGGAAACUGAGGCACAGAGAGGUUAGGUAACUUGCCCAAGAUCACACAGCUAAUAAGGGGCAUAGCUAAGAUUUGAACUCAUGGUCUGGUUCCAGAGUCCUUGGUUUUAACCACUAAGCUGUGCUGCACACAACUUUGACCACCUCCCAACAUCUCGGGAAGGGAAAGAAGGAGCACAGAAGAAUGCCUUUGGUUCACAAAACCGAAGAGUUUGCCCAGGCCCCAGCUGUCGUGGUGAGGGAGUCAGGGUUUCCAUUUUCUACCCCCUCCCCCAUCGGAGCACCUCUGGAGCAGCCCUGUGGGGCUGGGCUCUAACGAGUGAAGGCAGGCCUGGAGGUUCCUGUCCAUCGGGCCUGGAAGGUCUUCGUUCCUCAUGCUUCGUGGGCCAGAGCUACUUCAGAGACUUCACAGCCUGAUUCCUGGGAAGUGCAGCCACUCCAAAGGGAAGAGAGAGGACCAGCUUUUUCCUGCCUGGAUGAAAAGGAUUUAGUCCAGGAGGGUUCAGUACCAGGCUGUGCUGGUCCCAGAGAAGCUGACAGCUCAGGUGGUUCUGGAGCUAGUGGGAUUUGGCGUUGUGAGGGGCACAGGGAUCUCCACGCCCACAUCCAGUGUAUCCAUUGGGGGAUGGCUUGUUGCUAUUUUAAAAAUAACAUCAAAGAUUCGGGGGUGUGAAGGUGCCCAAGAGAAUUAAAGGGGACAGAUACAGGGGGGCGAUGCCUCUGGAAGAAUUUUGGUCUGCAGCGGUGUCUUCCCAGAAGAACCCGGGUGGUGACCCCAUGUCUGCACGGCUCCGUUGCAUUCCCAUUAUGUUUGACCUUGCGGUCUCUUCUCUCUUCCCAAGUUCCAGAGAUGAAGCUGUUUGGGAGCAUGAUGGGGGUGAAGUAUUCUUAACUCAUCCCAUGUGCAUGGGAUUGACUUGAAACCACAAGGUAACAGUCAGUAGGUCAUAUGUGCUCUUUGCAGGUGUUUCUCUUUCAGCAUUUGGCUUGAGGAAGAGGAACUGGGGAGAUGCAGGAAGAAGGUCUCUUGCUCCAGGAAACCUAGAUCCUCCAUCCUUCUGCCUUUUCUACAUGAGUCUGUCUCUCUCCAUAUAGUGUCAGAACUGGAAGGGGCCUCAGAGGUCCAUUCUGUCCACUGCCCAAUUUAGGAAUGGACAAAGUGACACCCGAAGAGGGAAAUUACUCGCCCAAGUCCGUGAACUAGAGAACGUCGGAACUGGGGCAACACUGCAGAUGCUAACUUCAGUCCAGAGCUCGUUCAACCAGAAGCAUCCCUGACGGACUCAAUCACUCUUCACUUAGACGAAGAAUCUGCCUCUACGUGUCACUAAGUACAACCUCAAACAUCUUAGCAACCUGCCAAAUACGUCUCAAAAUACUUCCUUAGAGACCGUUGGUUGGUUUGUUUGUUUUUGGCUGCCACUGCAAGGCGACUCCUUCUUCCCUUCUCCAUCCUCCAUCCCCUCGACAUGGCUGGAUUCCAGGAGUGGAUUGUAAACCCACCAGGACAAUGAGUGAAGAGCCUGUCCCCGAGGCCGCCUCCCCGCCGUCCGCGCAGGGGCAGCAGUACUUCGAUCGUUUCUCCGAGGACGACCCCGAGUACCUGCGCCUUCGCAACCGUGCAGCGGACCUGCGGCAGGACUUCAACCUGAUGGAGAAGAAGAAGCGUGUCACCAUGAUCCUGCAGAGCCCGUCUUUCAGGGAGGAGCUGGAAGGCCUCAUCCAGGAGCAGAUGAAGAAGGGGAACAACUCCUCCAACAUCUGGGCCCUGCGGCAGAUCGCGGACUUCAUGGCCAGCACCUCCCACGCAGUCUUCCCAACAUCUUCCAUGAACUUCUCCAUGAUGACACCCAUCAAUGACCUCCACACAGCCGAUUCCUUGAACCUGGCCAAGGGGGAGCGGCUCAUGCGGUGUAAGAUCAGCAGUGUCUACCGCCUCCUGGACCUGUACGGCUGGGCCCAGCUGAGCGACACCUACGUCACGUUGAGGGUCAGCAAGGAGCAGGACCACUUCCUGAUCAGCCCUAAGGGAGUUUCUUGCAGCGAAGUCACAGCAUCCAGCCUGAUCAAGGUGAACAUCCUGGGAGAGGUGGUGGAGAAGGGCAGCAGCUGCUUCCCAGUGGACACCACGGGCUUCUGCCUGCACUCGGCCAUCUACGCUGCCAGACCCGACGUGCGCUGUGUCAUCCACCUGCAUACUCCGGCCACAGCGGCGGUGUCAGCCAUGAAGUGGGGCCUCCUGCCUGUGUCCCACAACGCCCUGCUGGUGGGGGACAUGGCCUAUUAUGACUUCAAUGGCGAGAUGGAGCAGGAAGCCGAUCGGAUCAACCUGCAGAAGUGCCUUGGACCCACCUGCAAGAUCCUGGUGCUAAGAAACCAUGGAGUGGUUGCUCUGGGUGACACCGUAGAGGAGGCGUUUUAUAAGAUCUUCCACCUGCAGGCUGCAUGUGAGAUACAGGUGUCUGCUCUGUCCAGCGCGGGGGGCGUGGAGAACCUCAUCCUCCUGGAGCAGGAGAAGCACCGGCCUCACGAGGUGGGCUCCGUGCAGUGGGCGGGGAGCACCUUCGGGCCCAUGCAGAAGAGCCGGCUGGGGGAGCAUGAGUUCGAGGCCCUCAUGAGGAUGCUGGACAAUCUGGGUUACAGAACAGGCUACACCUACCGCUACCCCUUUGUUCAAGAGAAAACCAAACACAAAAGUGAGGUGGAGAUUCCAGCCACGGUCACAGCCUUCGUGUUUGAGGAGGACGGCACCCCGGUGCCCGCCCUGAGGCAACACGCCCAGAAGCAACAGAAGGAGAAGACCCGCUGGCUCAACACGCCCAACACCUACCUGCGGGUCAACGUGGCCGACGAGGUCCAGAGGAGCAUGGGUAGCCCCCGGCCGAAGACCACGUGGAUGAAGGCUGACGAGGUGGAGAAAUCCAGCAGUGGCAUGCCCAUACGGAUCGAAAACCCAAACCAAUUCGUGCCUCUGUAUACUGACCCCCAAGAAGUGCUGGACAUGCGCAACAAGAUUCGAGAACAAAACCGACAGGAUGUGAAGUCGGCGGGGCCUCAGUCCCAGCUGCUGGCGAGUGUCAUCGCUGAGAAGAGCCGAAGCCCGUCCACAGAGAGCCAGCUGAUGUCCCGGGGCCAGGCGGAUACCAAAGACGAGGCCGAGGAGAUAGCGCCCAACCCCUUUAGCCAACUCACGGAUCAGGAGCUGGAAGAGUACAAGAAAGAGGUGGAGAGGAAGAAGCUAGAACUUGAUGGAGAGAAAGAACCUGCCCCUGAGGAGCCUGGCUCACCUGUAAAGUCUGCACCUGCUUCUCCAGCUCAGAGCCCAGCCAAGUCAGAGACGAAGAGCCCCGUGGGCUCUCCCUCCAAGUCUGUGGACGAAGAUGCUAAGAAGACGGAAACAAGCAAAGCCACCACAGAGCCGGAAAAGACGCAGCCAGAAGGAGUGGUAGUCAACGGCAGGGAGGAUGAGCAGACGGCAGAGGACAUCCUCAGCAAAGGCCUCAGCCAGAUGACCACCAGCGCCGACACGGAUGUCGAUACCUCGAAGGACAAAACAGAGUCAGUCACCAGCGGUCCCAUGUCCCCAGAGGGCUCGCCUUCCAAGUCUCCCUCAAAGAAGAAGAAGAAAUUCCGCACCCCGUCCUUCCUGAAGAAAAGCAAAAAGAAGGAGAAAGUGGAGUCCUGACUCGCAGCCCCGUGGGGCUCCCAUCUGCGUCCUCCCUCCCCUCCCUCGCCGUCUCCCAUCUCUGUCCCUGGAAGCACGGGGCCAGGGAGGGGUCGAAUAGGCCCUGGAUCACACUCUGAUGGGAAACUUAGAGAUUACCCCACCAACCCCUCAUUUUACAGUUGCCCCACAGAAAUCAGGUGACUUUCCCAAGGUCAUACAGCUGGUUCGUGGCGGAGCCUGCACUGGAAGUCAGGUCUUCUGGCUCCCAGUCCAAUGCUCUUUCCACUACACGACACUGCCUAGCUGUGGGCUGCCCUUGUGAGGAUGCUGCCCCUGAUCUGAGCCCAGGGCAAGGGGCCAAAGUCAGCCGCAAGCUCUCACAAAUCAGACCCAAAUCAGACAGGUCGAGGCUCCCCUGAGCAGGGUCCUUGUCCUUGCGUGAACCCAACCUCCUGCUGAUGGAGCUGUCACUAUGUUUAGAAAUCUCUCUUCUCUUUCCCAUAGGGUAACUGCCCUGCUGCUCACAGGAACCACACAAGUGGACCCGCCCCCUCCACCAGAAGUUAAUCCUUGUUCCCAAGGGCUGAUGGCUUAGCUUGUGCUCCCCCAACCACUAACCCCAAGCUUUCUUCAUGGAACCUCUGGAAUGACGGCCGGAAUUGUUGUAAGAGUGGGCAGACGUGAGGGCAGCCAGCUCAGCCACAGCGUGGAGGAUGGUUCGAUCAAUAUAAGAAGCCAGGAACUUGACCCAUUUGAACAGUGCAUCUCAGGCACUUCAAAACUAAAACCAAAUUUAGCUUAGGAAAAACUUCUGUCAUAAGCAGGGCCGAAAUUUGGGGAAAUUUCGAUCCUCUGUUGGCUUUGGGUUGUACAAGGAGGAUCAGGACAGCGCGGAUACGUGAUGCCUUUCAAGCAUUUGCCUGACUCUCAGGGCAGCGCGGCUCACCCUGUCCCCCGCCGGUCCGGCAUCUGGGAUCCCCUGACCUUCCCUUAAACCUAGAAGCCCUGGCUCACAGCCUGGAACUGGCAUCCUUGGCCCCUUGACCUUGGCCCCCUGACCGUGGCUCCUCUGGUUUCUGACUCAGUCACUCUAGGUCCAGCAGAGGAGAAUGAGGUGAGCCCUUCAGGAUUAAUCCUCUCGGACCAGCUCUCAGAGAAAGGCUUGCGUGUCCCUGGCCCCGUCACUGUCUGCCCAUCAAUCCUGGGGCCUAUAAGAGCCACAGCUAUUUUUUUAGAUGCCGUCACUAUCGUUUCAUACUCUUCCCUGGGGCUUUGAUUUAUAAGCAACAUUGACUCCUAAAAAACAGACAAUCCAUUCUCUUUAAAGCACAGUGUCUUCAAAGAAUAUUUUCCCUUUCUGUCCUGAAUAUUGUCAAAGUAUUUUUGAAAGUUCUUAAUCAUAGUUUUCCAUUUUUGAGCACUUACUACACACACACACACACAUACACACACACACACACACACACUGUGCAGGCUUCACAUACACUAUAUCCUUUAACCCUCCCUGUGAUGUGGGUCAGAUUAUUCCCAUUUUAUGGGUAAGAGAACUGAGCCCCCCAAAGGAUAAUUGACUUGUUCCAGUGACUUGGCUAGAAAGAUUCAGAGGCUGGAUUUGAACCCAGGUCCGUCUGAGUCCAGAGCCUUUGCACUUAACAGCUAUGAUGAUCAGAAAACUUUAAUCUCCGAGGGUGGUUGUUUUAGUCCUGGACCGUUUCGUUUCUGUGACUGGCCUCCACUGCAUAAUGUUAGCACUUGAAGCGAAGGUAGGAAACCACCUGUGUUCCCCCCGAUCAGUGCACAGUAAGUUCCUGGUGAAUGUGGGCUGUGACAGGGCCACUGUGGACCUCUGACAAAGGAGAGGCCAGAGCCUUCUGGUUGGGGCAGGAAAUACCAUCACCGUUGGGCUAUUUCUUGGGAAGGAAGGAAACUGACACAGGACUAAGGAAAACACAAAUACUGCGUGUCCCUAGAGCAGAUUCCUAACUGCUACCCAGACCCAUCUCUCUGUUCUGCUUCUGACUGAGUCAAGUCUUGUGAUGGACGACCCAAAGCAGAAAAGCCUGUGAUAUGGCAAAUGCCUUUCAAAGCCACUCCUUUGAUGCCUUCUUUCAAAAAAAAGAUUUCACAUUCAUUCAUUCAUCCCAAUAUUUGUUAAGCAUCCACAAAGCAGCAGGCAUUAUGCUGACAUUAAAAGAAAACAAUCGCUGUGACUAGAACAGUCAGCGGGAGGCAGUGUUAAGAGAAAGGUAGAGGGGACACAACCACUGAUGCAGGUUUUUAUGUUUGAGUGGUUGUCGCUCAGAGAUGAUGUCAACAGACUCUUUGCUUUCAUCACAUUCUCUUUAUUCCCGUUAAAACAGGGAGGCCUCAUUUAGGUGAACAUGCCAGGGCCUUGCAGGAGUUUAUGCCAUGGGGCCACCUCAUAUCCAACCAUCUGUCCUUUCCCUAUGCAUUCAAAAACCACGCAUGAGCUUAGGUCAUGGACCAAGCUUGAGGGCAGGACAUGGUCCCCGCCUGAAGGAGGUUCCUAAGUCUAGUAGGCAUGUAAACAAGUUACAGAACGGGCAAGGGUGCAGAGGAGGUGUAAGGAAGCUUUGAUUGGCUGUCUUCCAGGCCAGAGAAACCUUCCUGAAAGGAGUGACGGUUGAGUUAGGGUUUCAAAACAAAGAGGAAUUUUCCAGGAGGACAAGAGGAUUAGUAGGGCACUGGUGAUGAGGGAAGAGCCCGUGCAAAGGCACGGAAGCAUGAAACGCCAUGACGCGUCCGUGGCGUAAUUCAGUGCGGCUGGGACAGAAAGUGUGAGUCAGGUGAUGGGGUUCACUUCACAGGUGGGCAGGGGUGGGUCAUAAAGAAACUCGUAGAAGGUGUCGGGGAGUGGGACUUUAUCACGAACGGGGUUUGGAGCUGCUGAGGGCUUGUGGUCAGGGUAGAUCGUGAGCAGGUUGCAUCUUAGAAAAAUUCCUUUGGUGACUGAGCGGAGAAAUGACUGGAGGGGGCAGCGCUGGAGGCAUGGGAGGUCUCCACAAGGAGGCCUUUCGGAAACUGGAACGGAUGUGGUGGCCUGCCUUACACUGCCUUUUCCCUUAUAGCAAAUAGUGAGCUGGGAGCACAGAAUUCAUUCCCAUGACAUUCUUUGAAUGAGGCAUCUUAAGAGAGCUUUUCAACAAGGAGAGGGAACUAUUCAGAGAGCUAAUGCUCAGCGCAGCUUCCAGCUCUGUUUUGUCUUGGUGUAGAGUUGCUGGGAGAGCUGUCGAGUCACCCUGCCCAUUUCGCCUCCUCUUGAACGUAUAGGAUGCAGCUGGCAUGGCUCCAGGCUCGAGACCAGGUGCUGAGUGCUCCUGAAGCAGAUGUGCCAUUCAGACAAGACCACAGGCUCGCAGGGUGAGAGGAAGGGACUUAUUCUUUGGCUCUGAAAAAAGUUGGCUGAAUACUUUGGCCAGUAUCUGUCUGGAGAAAAAUACUCAGCAUGUGAGGAGCUCAGCAGUGUUAGGUGAUAGGAUGGCUUCUAGUAAAGCUUGGAUAUGCUGUGGAAAAGGAUGAGAAAGUGUGGACUGAGAUGCUACGUUAUAGAUGCUGAGCUGGGGAGUGGAGAGGUUUCUGAGCCUGUCUCCUUGGGAAGAUGGGCAGGGGUGGGAGUAAGGAGGCAGAGGUGUUACAGACAUGCAAGCUUGGCGCCAGUGACUCCCCCUGUACUGGUGGCCGGUGCCCAGCAGUCAUGUGUGAGGACCAUCCAUACCACGUGACCUUUCCUCAAACUUUGCAAAAAGCACUGCCAAGAGACCAGCCCAGAUCUGGGCUCCACAAGAGCCUCCUGGCCUGCAGGCGACCCAAGUCACUGUCCGACUUCAGCCAGGUUAUACAGACAAAAAGAACCUCCCUCAACCCUCCUGUAAGGAAAAUGGGGCUCUUCCUCUGCAGACAGAUAAAUUCUUUUGAAAGAACUUGAGUGGAUUUGGAUGAGAAGUCUGGUCCAGUAAGAACCCCACUGGAAAGCAUCACCCUUAUACCACUGAUUGUGUACUCUGAGCCUUACAUUCUGCUCCCCGUCCAGUAGUGUCACGCACUCCUGAAUGUGGCAAGACAGUCAUGCAGAUGUCAUUUGGCACUGACAUCACAGAGGGCUACUACCCUUGUCAACACGGGAAGAAGAGCUAUGUGGUCACUUCUCUGGUUGCCGUGGAUUUGAAAGAACCAUUCACCCAACAUCACGAUUCAUUUCUUUUUUUUUUUUUUUUUUUACGAUUCAUUU